AUGGCACGUCGAGACAGUGUUACCGCUCGGAAGACCACAAGGCAGUCCCUGAAGCUGCCACACCAAGGUCAUUUAUGCGCUUCCAUCUUCCGUACUCGACUGACCAGCAAGGGGAAACGUCCUCAACGCAUCAAGAAGGAACAAGAGCAAAGUCCUCUUCGACGGAGCGCCCGUUUGGACCGCUUGAUUGAGAUUAAUGAGACUCAGCAAAAUCCCAGCUGGCAGCCUGAGGUGCUACGGGCUGAUCGACGACAACGACAGCGACGACGGCGACUCCUCGCUACGUCGAGGCGAGUCGCGCCUGCGACCAUGACCACUAGAUCCCCAGCCACGUAG